AUGGCUCUCACUCUCGCUCUCGUCGUCUUGCUCGAGCUCGUUACUGACAUGCAGGGCUGGGUCGACCUCAUCCCCGAAGACGAGGAGGACAUGUGGCACGUGUACAACCUGGUGUCUGCCGGUGACACAGUGCGCGCCAAGACGGACCGGAAGGUGCACACGCAGUCGUCGACGGGCACAACGAGCUCGUUCCGCGUCACCAUGUCGCUCGCGAUCAUAGUGAAGAAGACCAUGUUCUCUGCCGCGGCAUCGAGCGAGACGACGGGGGACAAAUCGGAGGCCCGCGCCGUGAUGAGCAUCACGGGGCAGGUGACGGAGGCGAACGACUGGGUGCGCGUCGGCGCGUACCACACGCUGGAGCUGGAGCGGGGUAGGAAGUUCCGCCUGAGCAAGGGGACGGGGUGGGACAGUGUGGCGCUGGAGCGGAUCGAGGAUGCAACGAAGGCGGGACGGGGGGCCGAGAUCGGCGCCGUCGUGUGCGGCGAGGGCACGGCCGCCAUCUGCCUGUUGAGCGAGCACAUGACGGUGGUGCGACAACGGAUCGACGUGCCCAUUCCCCGCAAACGUUCCGGAACCUCCGCACACGACAAGGCCAUGGCCAACUUUCUCUCGACCGUGUAUGCCGCCAUCCUCCGCCUGAUUCCCUUCGAUUCGCUCAAGGCCGUCGUCAUUGCCAGCCCCGGGUUCACGAAGGAGACGCUGUACGACUAUGUCUUCCAGCAGGCAACCGAGACGGGGAACAAGGCGCUCCUCAACUCCAGGCCGAAGUGGGUCAAGGUCCACUCCAACACGCCGCAUGUGCACAGUCUCGUCGAGGCCCUCCGCGACCCGGGCGUCGCCAAGAUGCUCCAGGGCGCCAAGUUUGCGCGCGAGGGUGUGGCGCUGGACAAGUUCCACAAGAUGCUGGCCACCGACGAGCUCCGCGCGUGGUAUGGGCCGCAACACGUCGCCCUGGCCGUCAACCGCGGCGCGGUCGGCACGUUGCUCAUUUCCGACGAGCUGUUCCGCAGCAGCGACCCCGAGACGCGCAACAAGUACGUCGACAUGGUCGAGGCGGUGCGUGCACGGGGCGGCGAGAGUGUCAUUUUCUCGUCCAUGCACGAGAGCGGAAACCAGCUCAACCAGCUCAGUGGCAUCGCCGCCGUGCUCACGUACCCGCUCGAUAUUGAGAUUGUCGAGAUGGAGGAGAAGGAGGAGGCGGAGCGGCUCGCGCGCGAGGCUACGCCGAGGACGCAAUAG